GGCUCCAACGACUUGCUGAGGCCAUGAAGAGGUUGAAAGGGAGAGCAAGAUGGUGCUACUCAGAGGCCUUUGGACACAUUUCUACAGAUGAUUUUGUCCGCAUGAUGGUCAUUGAUGGUUGCUUCACAAUUGAGCUCUUCCGCUAUUAUCUAAGGAGUGAAAAGGAAAUUUUAGAUGAUCCCAUCUUCAGAACACGUUGGAAGCUACCUGUUAUUAGGUUGGAUUUGGUGAAGCUCGAAAACCAACUACCACUUUUUGGCCUACAAGAAUUAUAUCUACUCACUAGCUUAGGCCAUGAGCCUCCUCUCAUACAUGUUGCACUUAUGUUCCUUGACCCUUUAACCAAUCUUGUUGCCUAUGAACAGUGCAAUAGAAGUGUAAAACCUUAUUUCACAUCUUAUAUUAUGUUCUUCGAUGGACUUGUGAACACACCCGAAGAUGUGCAAAUUCUUCGUAAAAAGAGGAUCUUUUAUCAUGUUCUGGGCAGCAACAAUGAAGUCUUUGAUCUUCUCAAUGAUCUCACUAAGGAUGUUGCUUAUGAUUGGCACGAGAUUGUUCCUAGAUGCAUAUACCCUGUGUACUAUGCAUUAGUUGAGUGUUGA